AUGGCCGAUGAAGUCGAUUACGAGAGUGACACGGCCAUGGCCGUCGAAGAGGAAGAGGAGAAGCCACACGUCGUACGUCGCGAUGAUAAUGAUAAACGUGUAGUAAAAGGCCGUGGCUCUGGCUCUGCGGCCAUGGACGUGAGUCGUUAUCCGGCCGAGAGCGGUGUGUUUGAAAAGCUCAAGCCUCUGUCAUCGUUGUCGUCUCGAGACCAUUCAAACGCUCUUCGCUCCGUAGAAGGCUGGAUCUUGUUUGUUACUGGAGUUCAUGAAGAAGCACAGGAGGAGGACGUGAUGGACGCAUUUGGAGAGGACGCGCAGGUCAAAGAUCUACAUUUGAACCUCGACAGACGUUCGGGCUUUGUCAAGGGCUACGCACUUGUAGAAUUCGAGCAUUUUGAGGACGCCAAGGCAGCCAUGGAACGACUGGAUGGACAGGAGAUCUUGGGCAGUGUCAUUCACGUAAAUUGGACCUUUCAGAAAGAGGCGGAAAAAAGAGCUACCGGACGUCGAGCUAAUCGACGGUAG